AUGAACCCUGGAAACGAUAACUGGCACUCUUCCGGUGGGCCACCGUCGCAUCCUCCAAUGGAUCAGAUGAAUCAACAGCCUCGGCCCCUGGGGUCUUUCAGGUAUGAGCCAUUGUCUACACAUGUGCCAGGACCAGAGACUAACCAGAUCUUCUUGCGCUUCAAUAGUCAAAAUCCCUCCCAGCAAGGCCAGGCCUCCCAGCCCUCGGGCCCAGUCCUCCCUCCUCCAGCUGGAUCAUACCACUCAAGUCAGUCCGGAGGCCACUCCCUCCCCGGGUUGGCUGAAUUGAGCCAGACCCACGGAGGUCAGCAUCAACCCUCUGCCUACGGCCAACACCCCGCAGGCCCAUCUCACAACGCCGGCCACUCUCUCCCCGGAAUUGGCCAGGCCAUGCAACACGCCUCUCCCCAGCUGAACCGCGAGCGCGAGCGGGACUCCAGAGAGCGCGAAAUCAUCGAGCGCCAGCGCCAGGAAGAGAUGGUUCACCGUGAGCGCGAGCGCGAGCGCGAGCACCGCGAACAGAUCGAGCGCCAACUCGAGCGCCGUGAACAACCCCAUCACCCCGUCCAGAGCCACACCGGUUCUAUCCCCCUCCACCAGCCAGUCGCCAACAAAGUCCCCAACUCCAUCCACGGACCUGGAGGACUUCUUUCGACACUGGGCGGAACUCCCCAGAAUGGUCACCAGGGUGGACCACAGGCUGCCGCAGGUCUUUUCGCUCAGAUGCCGCACGGCGAAGGAACCCCCCGCUCGUACAUGCAGCACCCUGGUGGACCCCCCGGGCAGCCCAUGAUGGGCUACAAUACCCCAGGACAGCAGAUCCCCGGAAGUGUGGCUGCUCUCGCUCAGGGCCAGCAGCCGAUCCUGAACGAUGCGCUCAGCUAUCUUGAUCAGGUGAAGGUUCGCUUCGUUGACCAGCCGGAUGUGUACAACCGGUUCCUGGACAUCAUGAAGGAUUUCAAGAGUCAGGCAAUUGACACACCCGGUGUGAUCCAACGGGUCUCUACUCUUUUCAACGGUCACCCUGCCCUGAUUCAAGGAUUCAAUACCUUUUUACCCCCGGGCUAUCGCAUCGAGUGCGGCACUGAGGACAACCCUGAUGCCAUCCGUGUGACCACUCCUUCCGGAACUAACACCCUGAGCAUGCCCCGCGCCGGACGUCCCUUCGAGACCAUCUCGAAUGCCCCGCCCGCGAAUGACCCCCAUGGUCGCUCUGAAUUCUACCGCGACCAGUCUCGCCCUGGCUGGCAACAAGGCCAGCAGGAGCAACAACAAGGUGGUGCCUCAGGAUCAUACUCUCCUGGCUCGCGAAUGAUGGCCGGCAUGUAUUCUCAGGAUGGGGCGGGCUCAGCCCCAGAUCAUCAUUACGGCUACCCCACCGCGCAGGAACAACAGGCGGCCGCUGCCAUGACACACCAGCAAGAUCACCGUGGAGUAGCGCAGCUGCAAGGCGCAGCCUCAGCGGCUUCUGCUGGCCUGGGUAGAGGAGGUCUCCUAGGCGUUACUGGCGCCGGACAGAAUGCCAGCCUCACCCAGCCCAUGAACAGCCUGGCUGGCGUCGGAACUGGCAUGCUCCAAGGUGCGCAGGAUCUGAACAAACGUGGUCCCGUUGAGUUCAACCAUGCAAUCAGCUACGUCAACAAGAUAAAGAAUCGGUUUUCGAGUGCGCCCGAGAUCUACAAGCAGUUCUUGGAAAUACUACAGACCUAUCAGCGGGAGUCAAAGCCCAUCCAGGAUGUCUAUGGCCAGGUUACUCAGCUUUUCAACACUGCGCCCGAUCUUUUGGAAGACUUCAAACAGUUUUUGCCAGAAUCUGCCGCCCAUGCCAAACAAGUCGCAGCUCAACGUCAGGCCGAAGAGCAAGCUCCUCUCAGCAACCUUCGCGGGGAGCCUUCUGGCUUUGCCUCGCAGACUCCCAACCGCGAUGUUAAAAUGCCCCCACUCGGCCAAUUCAAUGUGAAAGACCCUAAAGAAAACAAAAAGCGUCGCGGCGGUCCAGGCGGUGUUGGCUCUAUCUCGGGACCAGCUGGCUCUGAAGCUGCCCGUCUGUCUGAAGCAGGCCGUGGUGGACAGGGACAGUUCGGCAAUGUCAGCAAGAGGCCCAAGUAUCACCAUGGAAAACCUUCUAUCGAUAUGGCCAACGUAUCUCCGACUUUGAUACCUGCGCUGCCUGAGCCUCUUCCUCCUUCGGUCUCUAUGACCCCAAGCCAGGAAGAAAUCGCUUUCUUCGACCGGGUCAAGAAGUUCAUUGCCAAUAAGCAGGUCUUCAGCGAUUUCCUCAAGCUUUGCAAUCUUUACACCACCGACCUUCUCGACCGACAUGUUCUCGUCAAGCGGGCCGAGGGUUACAUUGGAUCUAAUGCCGAGCUUAUGAACUGGUUCCGCCGUUUCAUGAGCGCCGAAGAGCCCGAGGACAAGACCAUCGACCCAAAGGCCCAAGUGGACUACGGUGUUGUCAACUUGGCCCAUUGCCGUUCUCUGGGACCUAGUUACCGUCUUCUCCCCAAGCGCGAGCGACAGAAGCCAUGCAGUGGUCGCGACCCGCUUUGCACUAGCGUUCUCAACAAUGACUGGGCAUCACAUCCCACUUGGGCCUCCGAAGACUCUGGCUUUGUUGCGCAUCGCAAGAAUCAAUACGAGGAUGCUCUUCAUCGCAUUGAAGAGGAUCGUCACGAUUACGAUCAUCAUAUCGAGGCUUGCGUUCGCACUGUCCAGUUGAUCGAGCCCAUCUGUCAGCAGUUCUUGCACAUGACUGACGCGGAGCGAAACUCAUUUAAACUGCCACUGGGUCUCGGUGGUCAAAGUGAGGCAAUCUACCAGCGUGUCAUCAAGAAGAUCUAUGACCGUCAGCGUGGAGAGAAAGUCAUCAACGACAUGUUCAGCCGUCCCUGCCACGUUCUUCCCAUUGUGCUCUUCCGCUUGAAGCAGAAGCUGGAGGAGUGGAAGGCUUGUCAGCGCGAGUGGGACAAGGUCUGGCGUGAGCAGAUGCAGCGUGCAUACUGGCGCAGUCUCGAUCACCAGGCUAUCGCUACCAAGCAGACUGACAAAAAGCUGUUCGUCGCAAAGAACAUCCAACAGGACCUGACCAGCAAGUUCGAGGAUGCACAGAACAGUCGCAAGAACGGCUGGAAUCCUCCCAAGUGGCAGGCUGAAUUCUUGUUCUGCGAUAUGGAGGUUCUUCUGGAUGCUGUAUUCUUGCUUAUUCUUUACUUCGAUCGCAGCACCAACGGCUUCGGGGCCGAGCCUCAGCGUCUUAUCAACUUCGUCAAAGAUUUCAUUCCUACUUUCUUCGGACUCGACCGUGAAAUCUUCAACCAGUACAUUGACGAGGUUUCUAUUGCUAUUAAUGAUGAUGAGGAUUCUUAUUCUAAUGAGGAUGCCUCCAACGGCAGUCGCAAGGUGGUCGACACGCAAAAGCUGGAUCUCUUGCGUGAGGCCCUCGAACGCGGAACGCAGACCGAUAAGCCCGCCAAGGAGCAAGGUGCUCCCACGGACGAAACCCCCGUUGUCCGCGCCACCUCCGCCGACUCUGACACCGGCAAGUCCUUCGACGUUGCCGAGCUGCGGUGGAUGGAGCACCCGGGCCAGGGCAACUUCAACCUGGAGCACGAAUACACCUUGAACGAGAAGUACAAGAAGAAGGAGCACCACAUGUACUCCAACUUAAACAUUCUUUGCUUCCUUCGGACUUUCGAGAUUCUCUACUCUCGCUUGCUCCGCAUCAAGGAGAAUGAAGCCGAAGCUCGCGAGCAGGUUCGUCGCGGCCUGCUUCCCAAGCCCGCCCACGAUCUGUGCCUCAUCGACCGGUUCCCCAGCGAUUUCUUCUAUGAUGUUGAUCCCAAGGCCAACCUCUACAAGCAAAUCGUUCGCAUGUGCGAGGAGGUGAUCAAGGGUGACCUUGAUCAGGUCCACCUCGAGGACACCUUGCGCCGAUAUUACAUGCAAUCUGGAUUCCUACUCUACAAUCUUGAGCGCAUCUUCUCUUCCGUCUCCAAAUUUGUCGCCUCCAUCUUCACCGGCGACUCCCGCGACCGCAGUUCCGAUAUUGCCAACCUCUUCUUCAAGGAACGUGAGAAGGAAGAGACCACCCAUCACCAAGAGAUGCAAUACCGCAAGCAGGUCGAGCGUCUCGUCAAAGACGGCGACAUCUACCGUAUUUCCUUCGUGAGUCCUCCCGCGGAUCUUGACAUUUCCCCCGCUAAUCAAUCCAAGACCCCAACCGACCGCCGUGUCAUAAUUCAAGUGAUGACCACGGAAGACCCGACUCUCGCCUCCGAGGACCUCACUGCAGAGGAACGCUGGUCUUACUACGUAACCGCAUACUCAAUGCGCGACCCAACCGAAGGCGUGCAAUUCGCCAAGAUGAACAUGCCUCUCCUCAAGCGCAACCUCCCACCCAAGCUUGAAGAAGACGAAGAGUACGAACGGUACUACCGCACCCUGCAACACAACGACGGUCUCAUCAUCCGCAUCUGCGCAAACAACUACACCAUGCUCUACCAACCCGCCAGCUCAGACUGGUUCUGGCGCUCCACAGCCCCAGUCCACGAAAAGGACGCGGACGCCGAAACCAUCAAGACCCAAGUUGAAGACGCCGACAAGGCCAAGUCAGCCCUGAAAGAAAAGCGCCACGAUCGCUUCCGCGAAAAAUUCAUCAAUAACCCCGUCUGGGCUCGUGGUCUUAGUAAAGAUCAAGUCGAUGAAUCCAACCAGCGCUUCCGCUCUUGGGUCGAUGGCACUAUUUCUUCCCCUGGCCCUGUUCAGGAUGAGAGCAAGGAGCAGGAUACUGAGAUGACGGAUGCGGAGCCUACGGAGGCUUGA